AUGCAGGCAUUUUCUGGGCUCUGGGAUUUCCUGAAAUUGUCGUCGGCGUCAGCCGUUAUGCUGUGUUUGGAAACGUGGUACUAUCAGAUUCUGGUCUUGGUUGCUGGGCUGCUCCCAGACCCCGAGCUUGCUUUGGAUUCUCUUGCCGUCUGGAAUUGUCUUUUGGAUGGAUCUGGCUUACAUGCUGUUAUUAGAAAAAUAGAUCCGGCUUUAAUAACAACAUGUUUCCAUGAAUCUUGCUGCACCCGGUUAGAUCAUCCUAAAGGUCCUGUUCUUAUGGUAAGAAAAAUGGAUGCUAUUCUUCCUGAGAUCUCUCCUAGUGGUUCUCCUCAGCCUUUUCUUCCUCUUCUUGCACCUUCACCAUUGGUACCCUUCACAAAUGCUACUGUCCCAAAAUUAUCAGGGCUCUGUAUGUUAAACUUCUCUGCUGCUGAAAGCUUGAUGGGUAUAACUGCAAUAGAUUGCUGGUCCGCUUUUGCACCAUUUCUGGCUAAUGUAAUUUGUUGUCCGCAGUUGGAAGCCACUCUUGCAAUUCUCAUUGGUCAGUCAAGUAAAGAAACCAAUGUGCUUGCUUUAAAUAGGACCCUUGCCAAACCUUGUCUCUCAGAUAUUGAGCAGAUUCUGAUAGGUCAGGGUGCAAAUGAUAGUCUAACACAGAUUUGCUCCGUUCAUGCUUCAAUUCUCACUGAAGCAUCUUGCCCAGUUAAACAUGUUAAUGAGUUUGAGAACACAGUAGAUACUUCUAAGCUUCUGGCAGCUUGUGAAGUGAUUGAUCCUGUAAAAGAAUGCUGCGCCCAAAUUUGUCAGAGUGCAAUAUUAGAAGCUGCUACAAGGAUUGCAUUGAAAGCUUCUGAGAUUUUGAGCAUGGAUGGGUCCCACGUCUUACCUGAGUACUCGACUAGGGUAAUGACUGUAAAAGUAUAUAUUGUCCUUCGGUGGCUGGCUAGUAAACUUGAUCCUUCUCGUUCGAAAAAAGUUCUCAGAGGACUAUCAAAUUGCAAUGCAAGUCAAGUUUGCCCCCUGGUUUUCCCUGACAUGAGGCAUGUUGCAAGGGGGUGCGGGGAUGGGAUAAGUAACCAGACAGCAUGCUGUAGCGCCAUGGAAACCUAUGUGUCCCACUUGCAAAAGCAGAGUCUUAUAACCAACUUGCAAGCCUUGGAUUGUGCUACAUCAUUGGGAAUAAAGUUCAGAAAGUUAAAUAUAACCGAAAAUGUGUAUACCCUCUCUCAUGUAAGCCUCAAGGAUUUCUCCCUCCAAGUUGGAAAUCAAGAGGCUGGAUGUCUUUUGCCAAGCAUGCCGUCUGAUGCAACAUUUGACACAUCUUCAGGAGUAAGCUUCCUUUGUGAUCUGAAUGACAACAUUCCGGCUCCCUGGCCCACUACAUCGCACGUUCCAGGUUCAUCAUGCAAUAAAACUGUCAAAAUACCUGCACUUCCAGCAGCAGCAUCUGCUCAGAGUGGACUUUGUAACGAUGAUGUCAUACAUUUUCUGCUGUUUGCUUCCUCAAUGGUCCUCAUAAUGCUCUUCUAAUUUGAAGAAGUUUUCCCAUGGACAUUGCACCUUGCCAGUCCUUGAAGAGCAAAGGAUAACUAGAUGAAUGUUAUGUCCAAGAAAGGACUAUCUUCAUCCAUUCUGUGUGCCCUCUCAGUAGAAGGCAAUUGUGUAUUGGGUUUUAGGUAAAUUUAUAACUGUGUUUCUAGUCAUUGAUUCUUGAUUCUUGCCUGCUGGUGUAAUAAAAUUUUUGUACAGGAAAUUAGGAAUUUGAGGAAAUUGAUGUUGUAAUUACCCAUAUUGAGAUUGCUAUGUAAAUUUAGGUUGUAGGAGGAAAAAGCUAUGUUGUUGUAACUUGUU